UUCGACAGUCUCAUUUUUCAAAUGGUAUUGAUAUAGAUAGCGAGUGAGACGUGUGUCGCGUUAUCGUCGCGAUCGCUGUGCGUUCGCUACUCUUGCAGCCAACAACUGUUACAAAUACAAUACUAGACUUUUUUCUGUUUCAUGUGUACCUUUAUACUAAUUUUAAUUACUUUUUGAUAUAAUAAUAGUGAAACGUACACAAAAUAGACAAGCCAAACAAACCUGUGUUGUGUUUUCGUUCGGUGUUGGGGCGAGAAGAUUGCAUUAUUUCAAACCGAGAAGAGAAAUUUUACCAGCUGUUUGUGCAUAGUAUGCUCCAUAUUUUGCCUGCUGCAUCAAAGUUUCUCGCCGGUUAUGGGGCAGCGGUGGACUACCAGACAAUUCUGAGUGCCUAGCUGUCAACAAACAUGUCGGGAGAGGUUGCGUCGAUUUUAUGACGAAAACUCUCUCGUAAAAAUCUAUACAUAUCGUAAUAACAUUCUUUAAUAGAAUCGGAUUACGAAGAAUUUGAAUAAAGAAUACCCGAAAGUCGCUGUUUCGGCCGAUAACGAUAACUUAAUCUGUCGAGACCGUUUUAGUCAACCAAUAGCGUGAUAACAGUCGAUAGUUUUUUUAUAAAUCAUACAGUAAAGAUCCGUGGUAACAUCGAGUCGUGUAGUGUUGUGUGUUCGAAUGUGCUUUGUAUUUUAAAAUGCGUCGUGAAGAGAUGUGGUCGCAGUUGGCAACCCUAGGAUGGGUUGCUGUUAUGGUCGGUUGCCACGCCCCUGCGGGAGAGUUCGCGGGGUCGAGAUUAGGGACCGCGGACGACAGAUUCAGUGAUACAUUCACUGCGGCCUAUAUCAAUAUAACUUACCCUGACGAACAUGGCAAACUUUACACGGAAACCUCGGAGACUGGUAAAUACGGCGAGGGUUUCGUGGGCUCUUCGCGAGGGGUUGCUGUGCACGUGCGGGCUGUGGGGCCGGAGGGGGAGAAGGACCACACUGGCUGCAAAUGGCCGCUGCUGUCAUCCGCCGCGCCCGGAGAGCCUCUGCCGACUGAACCUUGGGUUGCGGUUAUUAAACGAGGGAAUUGUAACUUUGAGAUCAAGGUGAACAAUGCGUGGCGCGCCAACGCCACCGCGGUCCUAAUCUACAACGACCGCGACGCCCCCGAUCUUGAGAAGAUGAAAUUAUCUACAGAUAAUGGACGCAAUAUAAGCGCUGUGUUCACAUACAAGUGGAAGGGCGAGGAGAUCACACGGCUGGCGGACAACGGUACCCGCGUCAUGGUGGCUAUUAUUAAAGGCAGACAGACUAUUACCCGCAUCACCGGUGUCAACAAGACAUCGGUACUGUUCGUGUCUAUUUCCUUCAUCGUCCUGAUGGUGAUCUCUCUAGCGUGGCUCGUCUUCUACUACAUCCAGCGCUUCCGAUACAUACACGCAAAGGAUCGCCUCUCUAAACGCUUAUGUUGUGCUGCGAAGAAGGCGCUUUCUAAGAUUCCUACUAAAAGCCUUAAGACUGACGAUCGAGAAGUGCAAGGAGAUGGCGAAUGCUGCGCCAUCUGCAUAGAGCCUUACAAAGUGUCGGAAACGCUAAGAUCUCUUCCUUGUGGACACAACUUCCACAAGAACUGCAUCGAUCCGUGGCUGCUGGAGCACCGCACCUGUCCCAUGUGCAAGAUGGAUAUACUUAAGUACUACGGCUUCGUGUUCACUGGCAGCCAGGAGAGCAUCCUGCAGUUGGAAGUGGAGGAGGCGCGCAGCCGAGCGCUCAGCCCGGCGAGGAACCGUCACCCGCUCACACUUUUGACGAGCGACAACUCGUACACCGCGGGCAGCGAGCGCAGCAGCCGCGCCUCCUCGCCCGACGAGCUCGUGCCCUCCCUGCGCUGCGAGGACACGCGCCGCACAGACCACCACAGUUCGUGUACAUCAUCGCCAUCUGGUGGUCCGAGAGCGGAGUGCUCGAGGCAGGAGACGGCCUCAGUGAGCUCGGCCAGCGACGGCCAAGACUGAACACGUCCAAUAUUGGCGUAUUUGCCCAUCAUUUGCGAUUGUGACGUUUGCCAAACUCCCCUCAUCACCAGUGCCCUGUAUGGAUGGCCUCCGUGUUGGACAAACUAUUGCAAUCAUCACAUACGAGAAUUGAAUGCUGGUUGUUGGAGUUGGCGUUAUGUUCCAAUGUUUGCAUUUGUGCCGUUUGCCAAACUAUCUAUUAAAUUCAUUGUGUGACUUUGGAUGGAUGACUUUCUAUUGGAGUAUUGACUGAUAUUGGUGAUAUUUGACGAACUAAAAGAAAUGAAAGAAAAGUGUUUUUGCAGCUGAGAAUGAGGCAGGAAUUUCUCCUUUUAACAAGCUUCUAGACGUAGAAUACUUUUGGACCAAACAUUUGGAUCGAUUUGGCAAACAUCUACCAACAAUGGCAAUGCGUAAAUCUGUAGUUCAAGUGAGAGUGAACAGUGAGACGUUAUGUGUUCAUUUAUGAAUUAAUCGCGUCGUAAUUAAGUUUAACAAAUUACAAAAAAAAUACUCAAAAAAAGUUAAAAAAAAUAUCCCCUGAAUCAUACGUGCUCCAGUGACGAAUGUACAAGUGAUAUUUUUUUGUAUGGAAAUGGACAUGAAUUAAAUAAGUUUAUAAUUAUAAUUAGUUAGGAAACAUCGCGACUCCGCCUAGUCAACGAAAUAGUGUUCAUGUGACACAUUGUAUGUCAUUCGCAAGGGAAUAUGAGCCAUUGUAAUGUUGUACUUAAAUACUAAAUUCGUUUGAAAUGAUCUCAUAUAUGUCUCCUAAAUCAUUUCACAAUAUAAAAAAUCAUUCAACUGUAUAUGUUUUAUGUCUAAUUUAAGACAUAUUAUUGGUAUAUCUAAAUAAUAAAGACAUUAGGAUCUCUAAGGUCUGGCUCGAAGGACCAUAUUUUUUGUAACAAGGGAUUUUUUUUCUUUCAAAGUGUUUUAAUAUAUUUAAAAAUGAAUUAUUUACUGGAAGAAUACUUUACCAAACAUUUCAAACAAGUUUCAUUACUAUUUGCUAUGAAUUUAACACUAACUAAAAAUAAAUGUUUUUUUCUAUAGAUAAGAUAAUCAUAUUUUGAAUUAAGAUGUAUUGUUUCUGAGUAUAAUUGUAUUACUUAAGUGGUUUUGUUAAGAACGAAUCGGUUGUGGUGUCCCCGGAACGAAACGUUUGUCUUUGGAAAAAUCAUUUCCGUCCAUAGAUAUAACGUUCUUACAAUCAUUUACCACCCAGAGUUGUCAUUUAAGCAGCCACUUUGUGAUCAUUUAACGAUUUAUAAUGCAGUAGUUACUCAUUUUACUUUAUCUUGACAUCAAUGUUGUUUUAUUUUAAAUGGUGAAAUUGCUAAAAUUCUAAAAUUAAAAAUAAAAAGUCAGAAAAAAAUAUUAGUUAUUAGUUUUUAUCAAGUUAAAUUAUAUGUUUUGUCCAAUAUUUUUAAAUGGUUAAUAGUUCUAAUAUUAAUCUGCGUCUACUUAAAAUUAUUUUUAGAUCGAAAACAUUAUCUGAAUAUUUUGGGAUUAUGAGAAUUGUUAAAAAAAAAACUUCAUUUCAUUGAAUAGAUGUGUUAUUAUUAUUUUAAUUUGGAGUUAACACAUUUCACUAUGUUGACGUAGGUGGUGGCUAGACUGUUCAUAUUACAUAUAAUGGCUCUAAGAAAAUAAUAGAUUAAAAAAAUCUAGUCCGAAUAACUAAUGAGUUAUUUCGCUUUUUUUGUUCUUUUUUAACUAUGUGUAUUUCGUUUUAUAUCGCGCCCACUUAUCAACCAAAGCUGUAAUCGGUUUUAAUCGAAUGAUUAAUUAAAAAAAAUAUAUAUAUCAUUCGUUCUUAAUUAAGUUUUAAAUAUCUCUUAAGUUAAGUUACCGCUUUACGCCGUAAGUACUUAGCGGAAUCCAUCGGAUUUUAUAUUAACAAGGAGACUGGUAUGUACUUUUAUCAACUAAUAUAAAAGAUAAAUAUGUAUUUACAUUCCCUAAAAUGUUCGUACCCCGAGUGUACAUCAAAAUGUUAAUAAAAACCAAUACAGUAUUGAA